AUGGCCACAGGGGCAGGCUUUGCGACUACCGGCCAUCUUCGGGUACUACGGAAUCCUGUUGACGCAUCGCAGGAUGGCUCUUGUUCUCGUUCCUGCGUCGGAACUACCUCGCCGGAGAACUGGCCAUUUGCUAACAAGGAAUGGCUCGCCACCCUACCGGGCUCCCUAUUGGGGCCACGCAUCCUUGUCUACGAAUAUGGCUCGCCAUUUGGGGUCACCAAGCCGUCAUGGGAAUCGUUUCUGAUGCUUGGUUAUGACUUUCUUGAGCAUUUAAGGGACAUGCGAUCACAGUUGGACUCAGAUCUGGCAACCAACAAGCCAUUCCUGAUAGUCUGCCACAGCUUAGGUGGUAUUGUAGUCAAGCAGGCUUUGUGCGUUGCUAACAAACAGUUUUCUCGAUAUGGAUCAAUUGUCAAUGCAAUUGCUGGCGUGAUAUUCCUAAGCACUCCGCAUCGAUAUGGCGAUAGGGCCACUACCUUGCUACGGUUUCGAGACGUCUUGGAGGCAACAACCGGUAAAAGCUUGAGGAUGCCAAACGCCCAUAUUGAGCAGGAGGGCGCAAUAUUACUCGACCUGGCAGAUAGAUUCGAGGGAAUUUCGCUCCGUACUCCUAUACUAUCCGUCUAUGAGCUGAGAGAAUCAAAAAACAGCUCAACUACGUUGCUUCAAAAAUACCAACAAUUAGUCAACCGCGAAGCUUGCUCGACUCAUUCCCCAAUGGAAACAGUCAUUGGCCUCAACCUCAAUCACCACGAUACAUGUUUUUUCACUAAGAGCGUUGGUGGCGAAGGCUUGACAGAGUUCAACUCGUUUAUUCACGAGACUUUGAAUGACGCCAAGCGUCUUGUGGCACUUCGACUGGAGGACCAGGAAUACCAAUACGCGACGAUGAGCGCCUACUCGCCCACAAUGAGCGAAUCGCCACUUAAAGCGGAGCAAUUGGAACUUACCGAAUACCCGUCAAACAAAGCAACUGAAGGGCCUUCAAACGGAGCAACAGAGGGAACAUCUCUUUCGGGGUUUGAGUUCGUACAUCAUACACCACCCAACCCUGAGAUUCGAAAAUCACUUCAUCUACCAUGUUUCCUUCUCAAUACGCAUACGGCAAACGCGGACUUCUGCGGCCGCGAAGAUAUCUUGGAACGACUUGCGGCCGAGCUCUUACCUUCGAAGACUGUAGUAACAGCAUCGGGUACCGGUCUACGACAAUUUGCACUUUGUGGGCUUGGGGGAAUCGGAAAGACAGAAAUCGCUCGCGAGUUCUCCCGGCGCCACAAAACUUCCUUUGAUGCAGUAUUCUGGGUUGGUGCGGAUGAGAUCGCGAAACUUGACCAUCAUUAUCAACAAAUUUCAGUAGCACUGGGACUUGAGGACUCGUCCGACUGCAAGAGCCAAGUUGUCAGCAGAGAAAUUGUGAAGGGAUGGCUCUCUAACCCACGAAAACAUCUCUCAGAGUCGGAUGAGCUUGUUCAACCUGGCAGCGCUAGAUCAGAAGCAAACUGGCUUCUUAUAUUUGAUAACGCAGAUGACCCAAUGUUGUUGGCAGACUACUGGCCUCAAGGAAGUGGAUCAAUUCUAGUCACCAGCCGCGAUCCAUUGGCCAAAGGCAUGUUUACAAGAAGGCCUUCGGGCUUGGAUCUCGGCCCACUUUCUCAACAUGACAGCCUAACUCUCUUAAACCAUCUCACUGCCAAUUUCAAUGAGCCUGAAGAUGAUACAGCCAGAAAAAUCUCCAAUGCGCUUGGUGGAUUCCCUCUAGCUAUCUCCCAGAUGGCGGGGAUCAUCCGUCGACAGGAUCUCACCUUGUCUGAGUUCUUCGAGCUUUAUACGGAUCAUGAAGAACACGCUAGUCUUUACGAGACCAAGUUCGAUACAAAUUUAGUUACAUAUAGCCACACUCUAUCUACUGUCUGGGCAUUUGGAAAGCUGAAGCCUCAGUCUAGACAGUUGCUGGGGCUGAUUUCAUUUCUUGAUCCCGACCUCAUUGGAGAAGAUUUAUUGAUGGAGGCAUCUGUGAAAUUGAUCUCGGAGGGGGCACAAUUCAAGAGGAGUAUUUAUAUUGAGGCCCGAACCGAUCUUUUGCAGUCAUCUCUGGUACAAAGGGAUAAGCAAAACCAGCAACUAUCAGUCCACCGCAUUGUGCAAGAUGUAAUCUUGGCAACAAUGGACGCUACAAAGAAACGGUUCAUGUGCGACCAAGUUGUGCGGAUCCUUUGGACGGGGUGGCCAUCGGCUAUGCCGAAGCCAUCAAAAGAGCCACAGUUACCCCAACCCAGAUCAGCCGGCGGUAGAUUGAGCGUUGGAAGAUGGCCCGUUUGUGCAGCGAUUUACCCCCACGUUCUAAGAAUACAUCAGCUCUGGUCAGCGAUUUCAAAUCCCUCAGAGGCCACCAGUUUGCUUUUUGCAAAAUUACUGACUGAGGCUGCAUGGUACCAAAAAGAGCGGGGACGAACAAAGCAUUUCGACGGCUUCUUCGAGACUGCUCGCGGUAUUUGUGAGUCGUCAGUACACCCAGAUCGAGAUUCACUGCUUGCAGAUAUCUACUUCUGCUUAGGAUCUAUUGCGAUGGAUACGAACGAUUUCAAUGGAAGCCGUAUCUAUAAGGAACUUUCCUUUGAUUUGGUUUCCAAUAUCUGCAAGGAGCUGGGAACUGCGGAUGAGAGAUUCUACCUCGCCUACGCAGAACGAGGGAUCUCACGCACUCAGGAUGGACGGUACAAAGAAGGCGAAGCCGACCUCAAAGAAGCGCUGCGGAUCCGCAAAGCCCUCGGAAACUACAUUCCCCGGGCAGGUGAGGCCAAUCUGAGUUGGGCUCUUCUCGCGCAGGGCAAGCUUGAAGAGUGCAACACGCUCCUACUGGACAGCUUGGCCGGUAGAGAGAAAGUUCUAGGCAAGAAUGAUCGAGAAUCUGUCCGGACUGGACUGAUUCUUUAUGUACUCGGUAAUCUCCGUGCUGCACAAAGCCAAUGGGAUAAAAGCUUUGAAUUCCACUACAGGGCGUGGGACCACAUGCGCGCGACGGUUGGCGAAAAAGAUUUCUAUACUGCGAGUGUCGCCCAUAAGAUUGCCGAGCACUUUUCCCGCUUGGGCCGGAGCGAAGAGGCGAUUUCUAUGAUCAACGGGGCGUUGGACAUUUGGUCUGUUGAUCCGACUGCACACAAAAAUGAGAUCGCUCGCAGUACAUUUCUUAAGGGCAAAAUUUUCGAAACAACGGGUAAAAUCCAAAAAGCUUCCAUCAGCCUUAGGGUUGCCUGUCGCUUGAGGAAGGAAAUUACCGGGGAGGAUCGAGAUGUGAAGAGCUUGGCGAUGGAAGACUUUGACGAGAUUGUUGCUUUUUGGGCUCGUUGA